AUUUCCAUAGAAAAUAUGAGAAGAGCAUGAAAAACAAAAACAAAACUCCGAGAGGAUCCCAUUACGGCAUUAGCCUUCUUGCCUUUCAAGUUUGAAGCUUCGAAAAUUCUCUCUCCUACCUUCCCCACUUCCAACCAAAUUCCUCGCAAUCCCACCUUCACUCUGUCCCCUCUAUACCAAGCAAUCAUCACUUUAAUUUUAUCAAGGUUUUCUUUUCAGGGUUGUAAAUUGAAUCAUCAUUUGUGUAACUGUUAAGGUGGAGUAAUUAAUUUAAACCCAAAAGCUGGUUUAGUUUGAGAAACUGGGUUUUGAUAAUUUUGGGUUUAAGUGAAGCUGGAAUCUGCAUUGGUUUAGUUUGUCAUUUGAUCAGAAUUUUUGCAAGUUUUGGAUAAUGGGUAUUCAUUAAAAGAUGGAUUGUGUUUAGUUGGUUAUUGGUUUGAUGGGUCCUGAAGUAGAUAUGAGUGGGAAAUUAGACACUAUGAUGGAAGUUUUGCCUUUUAAUGUGAAGGAGAGUGGUAGUACUGUUAAGAUGCCUGAGGAUAAGUUGGUUGUUUGUGCUAGUAACUGUGAGGAUCAUGGGUUUGUUGAUGCUGUUGCUAAAACCCCGGAAGAGAACCACAUGAUGGCAUGUACUAGUAGGUAUCAGGAUAAUGCUUUUCACAUGGAUGUAUCCGCGGCUGGCCGUGAUCAAGUUAUGCCAUCUAAUGGGAUUAAUGAGGAUGUGGAGGUCGAUAUUGUGGAGAAUGUGGUUUCUGAUGAGGAGAUGGUGGCUGAGAGGGAAUCUUUAGAUGCAACAGAGAACUCGAGCUCAUUUGGUUGUACUGAUUCUGGGACUGGAACUGCUGGGGCAUCGAGUGAUGUUGAAGUUGAGUCUCAAGUGCGGGAUGAUAACGCAUCGUUGAUGGAAUUUGAUGGAUUCAGUGAUUUAUUCAGAAACAGGAAGAAGAAAUUGACAGCUCAAUGGAGAAAAUUUAUACGUCCGGUGAUGUGGCGGUGUAAAUGGGUUGAGCUGCAGAUUAGGGAACUACGAUCCCAAGCUUCCAAGUAUGACCAUGAGCUAGCAGAAUGUGGUAGAAUAAAGCAGUAUGAAUUGGAGAAAUGUGCUGCUGAAGAUCAUGCAGUGAAGUCAGCCCCUUCUGUUUGCCAGAAUCGAACAGUAAAGGUUAUGAAGAGGAAGAAACGGAAAAGAGUUGAAGAAACAACAGAUUUGGCUGCCUACUCGUCACGUCAUAGUUUGUUCUCAUAUUUCGUAAAUAAGAGACGUUUUGGUGACUUGGCUUAUUUGGAUGAUGACCAUGGCAAUACCGAAAAGACAGUUGGUGAAUAUGGUGUUGAUGGUGAAUGGUCACUCCUUGAUUUUAAGGAUAGUGAUUCCUUUGAAAAUAUCCUACGGAUGAUUGAAGUGGCUCAAACACAAGUGCGCGAGCUGAGAUUAAGAAUUGAUAAGGUGGUGAGCGAAAAUGCUGAAAUCGCAAGCUUUGUUCCUGUUGAACCAUUGGCAAGCUGUGGCCCUAGUUCAAAUUUUCCCCAUGUGAAUGGUGAAAAUUUUCAGUUAGGAUCUCUGCCUAGCACUUCUCAGCAGACAUCUGAAAAGAUGAUCGUGCCUGAAACUGUAGCUUUUUAUCACAAGGAAAUGAACCCUUCUAACAAUGAUACCAAUUACCAGCAGCAAACUGGGAGGUAUUGUGGCAAGAUUGAUAACAAGAUUCUUGUGUAUAAUCAACCGGUGAAGGAAGAGUCUAAUUAUACUGAAGUUGUUGGGACUCGACCUGCUGCAGAACCUGAGUCAGAAACUGAAGGGAAACCAGAUAAUGUCCCAGAUCCCAACUCUCCCAGCAAAGUGGCGGUAACUCGUGAGCAACUGGAUGUCAAAGUACGGUCCAAGUUGACUACCCCCAAGAACAAGAAAAAGCGUGGGAGACGCAAAGCUCGAACUGGUAGGUGGAUCCGGAAAUCAUCUGGAUAAUGAUUUGGUAAAUAAUAAUAGGCAUUUUCUUUUCCUUUUAUAUCGUAGUAGUUAGAUAGUGUUCUACUUUUAGAUUAAAACUGAAAGAGAGACCCGGAGAAGGAAGAAAGAAAACUAGGGCGGGGAGCAAAAUAAGGCUGAUAUCUGUUGCUAUUCCUUGAUCUAGGCAUUUGUACAUCCUUUUUUAUUCUGUAUCAAAUACCAAAUACCUUGUUUCUGUCUAAUGAAGUAAAUUAAUCUUUGCACCAGGCA